AACACGUAUACUAGCUAGCUAGAAAUUCAAACCAAAAUAAGUACUAUUAUCAGAAAUAUUCCAGCCAAAUUUAAAGCUAGCAAAUCAAGCAGCUACAGCUAGAGAAAUCGAUUGAUAUCGAUCUCCAUUAUUAUCCAACGACGACACGACGACGCAGCGGCGGCGAUCGAUCGAUGGAGGAGGCCUACUGCAUGAUGAUGGUGGGGAGGGAGAGGGAGCUCGUGGCUGAGCUGCGUCACCUCCUCUUCCCUUCUCCGUCUCCGACCACCCCCGCGAGCCACUCUACUACUGCGCUCACCGGCGACGACGAGUGCUUGCCGCCAGGGCUGACAACGACGACGACGGUGUCCGGUGGUGGAGGACGGCGGCGGGGGAGGAAGAGAGUCCGCCGCGACAAUGAUAAUCUCAAGCUGCUUCAGGCAGAUGAUGAUCAGGAGGUCCUAGCAGCAGCUGUUCAUGGCGAUGCAAAUGCCAAGCCUCUUCCUAAUUUCACCAAAACAAGCAGGAGGAAGCUGCAGACGACAACAUCAACGAUGGUAACGACGGUGCCAGAUUUCGAUGGGUAUCAAUGGAGGAAGUAUGGUCAGAAGCAAAUUGAAGGUGCCAUGUACCCCAGGAGCUACUACCGGUGCACCAACAGCACAAACCAGGGCUGCCUCGCCAAAAAGACGGUGCAGCGCAAUGGCGGCGGCGGAGCAGCAGGGUACACGGUGGCCUACAUCUCAGAGCAUACUUGCAAGUCCAUCGAACCAUCGCUGCCUCCGGUCAUCCUCGACACCACCGUCCGUGCUACCAACAACCACCACCCGCCUGCAGCCUCUUCUUCUUGUGCUGCUCAAUCACCGGCGGCGGCGGCGACAUCGUCGUCGUCGGAUAUGAUGAUGACGAGUACUAGCAGUACUAGUAGCGAGACUGGUAAUUGGAGCGGUCAGCACGGCGCCUACGCGUGCCGUCGACAGAUGAUCGCCGCCGAUGAAGAGUACUGCUGCUGGGACACUCCGGCGACGACGACCACCUCUGGUUCUGAUGGUGGUAACAGUAGUACUUGUGCCGAUCAGGUGAUAGACUUGAUGAGCGGGCCCAUCAGGUCGCCGCUGCACAUCGCGGCGGACGGGAAUUGGGUGGACGAUUUGCUUCUUGUUGGUGAUGGGCUUAUCGACAUAUCCAGCGCUAACAUCACCCAUUUGUUCAGUUUCUAGAUACACUCAUACACAUCUCUGCUAUAUGUAUCAGAUGUUACUUAUGAAUUUUGCAUGAUGGUGCUGAGAUU